AGAGUGGCGGAGGGAAAAAAAGAGGCGCUGAAACCCCGAACCACAGUUUAGCGGUAAAAUGGACAGGAUGUAGCCCAGCUUCUACCGCAUGUUUCUGGGAUGGAAAACGGGAUUACUCGCUGCUUUAGAAACAUUAUGGACCUGUGUAGUCAUCGCCAGCGGGAAUUAACUGGCUUUUCACAAUGACAAGUGAAGUGCAAGAAGAACAUCACACUCUGACUCACGGAAGCACUCAAAGGGAGUGAUUGAGAUGCCGUGUCAAGGCUAGAGCGAGCGGCAGGACUGAUUCGCAGUCAGCACAAAAGUGCUUCUAAAUGAGCCUGUGUGCGCCACUGGACCUGCUUUGAAACGGAAUCAGGACUUAAUAGGAUGUCAACAGAGGCGGAACUCCAGCCAGCUGUCAGACCCAGCGUGAGAAAGGAAUCCAAGAAGAAAGGUCAGGACCGCAGUGAGGCCGGGCUGAUUAAGCGCUUCAAAGGUGAUGGGGUGCGCUACAAAGCAAAGCUAAUCGGGAUUGACGAGGUCACGGCAGCACGCGGGGACAAGCUGUGCCAGGACUCCAUGAUGAAGCUAAAGGGAAUUGCUGCGGCUGCCCGCUCGAAAGGAGAGCAUAAACAGAAAGUCUUCUUAACAGUGUCUUUUGGUGGAAUCAAGAUCUUUGAUGAGAAAUCAGGGGUCCUCCAGCACCACCAUGCAGUCCACGAGAUCUCCUACAUUGCCAAGGACAUCACGGACCAUCGGGCCUUUGGCUACGUCUGUGGCAAAGAAGGCAAUCACCGAUUCGUAGCCAUCAAAACAGCUCAGUCUGCUGAGCCAGUGAUCCUUGACCUCCGCGACCUCUUUCAACUCAUCUAUGAGAUAAAGCAGCGUGAGGAGAUUGAGAAGAAGGCACAAAAAGACAAGCAGUGUGAGCAAGCUGUGUAUCAGACGAUUCUAGAAGAAGAUGUGGAAGACCCAGUGUACCAGUACAUUGUGUUUGAGGCUGGACACGAGCCGAUCCGUGACCCCCAGUCAGAAGAGAGCAUUUAUCAGGUCCCUACAAGUCAGCAGAAGGAAGGGGUCUAUGAUGUUCCAAAACGGCACCCAAACAUCAACCAGCUUGAGCUGUUUGGGGACAUGUCCACCCCUCCAGACAUCACAUCUCCUUCAACCCCUGCCUCUCCAGCCAACACACUGGACCCCACCUUGGGUCACCAGCCCCAGUCGGAGCUCUUCACUCCAUUCAACCCUGCAUCUGUGCCCUCAGGUUAUGUCACCAUGGGAGCCGUCCAGCCGGCACAUUGGAGCCAGCAGCCAUUUGCAGCCCAGGCACCCCUGGCUUUUGGUGUGCAGUCUCCCAUGCCGGUUGCUCAGGUCAUCCCUGGGGCCCAGCCCAUGAUCUGGGGCCAGGCCAACCUCUUCCCUGCCACCCAGCAGCAGUGGGCUGCCAUGGCAGGCGCCUUCCCCCCAGCUGCCUUCAUGCCGACACAAACUGUGGGCCCCUUGCCGGCCGCCAUGUUCCAGACCCUUGCCCCAGUGGCAGCUUUGCCUCCAUCCUGUGAGCCCCCAUCUGCCUCAGCCAGCAGCCCCCAGCAUGCAGAUCCCACCCGGCAGAAAGUCAACCAAGAGAUGUUCAAGGACUUCCAGGUGGCCAAGCCACCAGCCAUGCCUGCGCGCAAGGGUGAACAACCCAGCCUGGCCUGUACCUCAGAGGCCUUGUCCAGCUACUUCGGCCGUGUGAGCGUAACUCAAGACACCGAUGACUGCGAUGACUUUGACAUAUCUCAGAUGAACUUGACGCCCGUCACCUCCACUACACCCUCCACCAACUCACCCCCCACCCCAGCCCCCCGGCAGAGCUCUCCCUCCAAAUCGUCCGCCUCUCAUGCUAGCGAUCCUCCGACCGAUGACUCCUUCGGGGAAGCCGAGGGCAGCCCCAGCCGGAGCGGAGAGGAGGAUGCUGCCGGCAGCUCUCAGUCCCCCUCCACCAGCGAGCCCCCUACAGAGCCCCCAGCUGAUGAGCCCGGUCCACAGGUCGGUAGCUAGAUAGCGCAGGUCAGGGGAAAGGAUCCUCUCUACGCACAGAUAAACAAAGGGAAGAAGUAGAAGCAACAGGAGCGCUGCACAGGCCUGAGGGUUUCUGGGGAGGACAGGAGGCUGUGCGUGUGCAUGGGGGAAAGGCUCGCCUGUGCUUCCUGCCACAGUGGGUCUCCCUCCAGCUGCCAACACGAGAGUCCAAGCAGGCACACAUCUUUAGCAGAGCAUCCUGAUCGGCAGGCCUAUCAUCGCUCCUCUCAGUAACAAUAAAUUGCUCCCACCCCUGCAAAAAAAUGCCGGGGAGGGGGGAUACAACUGUUUGUUCUCCUUUCUAUCGUUCCAUUUUUUUCACUCUGUAUUCCUCCACUGCAAGGUUCACUGCGGCCGACUGUGAGACAUGGAUUGUUGCCCGCACAGACAGGAUUUACUUUUCCGUAGCCAUGCGUGUGCUCAGCCUUACUGAAUUAUCUCACCAUGCAACCUUCUUCUCCCACUUCAGUCCAGACCCCCUGCUGCUAUGGGGGGGCAGCGCCCACCUUCCAUUAAGAAGACACCCACAGAGAGAGACUGUUUCCACACUGGCUGCAGUGACAGUGCCGGUGAAUUGUCGUAUGCCUUUGUGAGCUGAGUGAUAGAUUCAGAUCAUUAAUGGGAUCCUCUUUUCACCCCUUACAUUUCUUUCUGCUGCUAUAGUGCUAUGCAGAAAAGACUGGCUCUCUGAACUGUCAUUUUGAACACGCAAGGAGUGAUCUGCCAAAUUUUCCCUUCGUGUAAAGACACGGAGGUUGGGACAUGUCA